AUGUCUGAAUCGAGCUCUUUUAGUUAUUCGGACAAUGGUUAUAUUCCAUCUCCAGCCAUUUCUAAUCAAAAUGGUAGUUCUGGUACGCCAAAUACAAUUCAAAGUAUGGGACAAAAUUCAAAUUAUUCAAGUUCAGGUGGUGAUUCACCAUCUUCGAUUAGUCCUAGUCCGGCAAUGUCAGCUACCAAUAUGCCUACACAAUUUUCAGGUGGUUUAUUAUCAUCCGGUGCUAUAUCAAAUGAAGUUAAUUCAACAACAAAUGUAGGAAGUAAUAGCCAAAUGAAUACCAAUAUUGGCUCAUCUAAAUAUUGCUGUGCCAUUUGUGGAGACAAAGCAUCAGGAAAACAUUAUGGAGUACACAGCUGUGAGGGUUGCAAAGGUUUUUUCAAACGAACUGUUCGUAAAGAUUUAACUUAUACAUGCCGUGAUAAUCGCGAAUGUAUUAUUGAUAAAAGGCAACGAAAUCGUUGUCAAUAUUGCCGAUAUCAAAAGUGUUUAUUGGUUGGAAUGAAAAAAGAAGCUGUUCAAGAAGAGCGUCAAAAGAAUGCAGCAGGCGAGGGUGAAACAUUGUCACCAGGUGAAGAUGAAAUGCAAUUAGAAAAACUAAUACAAGCGGAAAUGAGUGUUGAGCCGAAAUUAGAAUCAUUACAUGAAGAAGAAUGUACUUAUGCUCGUUUAUUGGCUACCACUCAACAACAAGUAUCACAAUUAUCGGAUUGGGCUAAACGUGUACCCCACUUUUCAUCACUCUCAUUAGAUGAUCAAGUCGCUUUAGUUCGUGCAAGUUGGCGUGAUAUAUUAUGUUGUUCAUUAGCUUAUCGUUCAAUGUUAGCUCCUGAAUGUGGUCUCAUACUUUCCGAUGGUUCAUAUGUUAAACCACAUACAGCUAUUGAUCAGUCAUUACAGUUUUUUAUUACUCGACUUUAUCAUGAUGUUGUCACAAUAAUGAGAGAAUUGCAGGUCGACAAAGUAGAAAUAGCAUGUCUAAAAGCAAUAUUCUUAUUCGAUCCAGAUGCGAAAGAUGUAAAAGAUACUGUACGUAUAAAUGAAUUACGUGAAAAAGUUUGUAUGGCAUUGGCAUCUUAUUGUAAAAAAGUUCAUUCGGAUGAUGUGGCACGUUUUGCUAAAUUAUUAUUACGUAUGCCACCUAUUCGUGGAUGGUGUAUCAAAGGAAUUGAAAAUUUAUUUUUUGCGGGAGCUGUAAGAUCAGCUGAUAGUGAAAUUAUACAAAUGAUUCGCAAUAGACAAUUGUAA